UUAAUGAAUGAAUUUGUUAGACUUGUUGUCUAACAUCUCUCAUUUGAAACAUUGAAGUUGCAUAGUAAGAGGGUGAAAAGUCAUCAUUACUGAAAAUUCUGUGAGGGAACAAACGAUGCCGCUCUGCGACGUCGGAAGUUACCAGACCGGUGUCGAUGCAGUUAUCAACAAUGGUAUAAAGAUUUUCUACCGAACCUACGGCGCUGGCCCCGUCAAAAUUCUAAUGAUCAUAGGAUUGGCUGCCACCCAUAAUUCGUGGAACCCACAAAUCGAGGGGCUCAUUGGGACGCUAAAACCAAACGACGACGAUAAUCGGAGCUCUUUUGACGAUGGGUACAAUCCCAAGGGUAUAGAGGUGUGUGUUUUUGACAAUCGAGGAGUAGGUCGUAGCUCCAUACCAACAAAAAAAUCAGAAUAUACAACGAGGAUCAUGGCUAAAGAUGCAAUUGCUCUGAUGGACCAUUUGGGUUGGAAGAAAGCUCAUGUAGUUGGUCACUCAAUGGGUGGUAUGAUAGCUUCCAAACUGGCUGCCGUUUUCCCAGAUAGACUUCUAUCUUUGGCUCUACUGAAUGUAACUGGUGGAGGCUAUGAAUGUCUUCCCAAGCUUGAUCGUCGAACUUUUUCCAUUGCAAUUCGAUUCUUGAGGGCGAAAACUCCAGAGCAAAGAGCAGCCGUUGACCUAGACACUCACUACACACAGGAAUAUCUUGAAGAAUAUAUUGGACCUGAAACAAGAAGAGCAAUACUAUACCAAGAAUAUGUUAAAGCGAUAUCAGCAAGUGGGAUGCAAUCAAAUCAUGGGUUUGAUGGUCAGAUUAAUGCCUGUUGGACACACAAAAUUUCUCGAAUAGAACUAGAAAUGAUUCGCAAAGAAGGUUUUUUGAUAUCAAUCAUUCAUGGGAGAUUUGAUGUUAUUGCGCAAGUAUCUCAUGCAAGGAGGCUUGCAGAGAAACUAUAUCCACUUGCAAGGUUGAUAGAACUUCAUGGAGGUCAUCUUGUGAGUCAUGAGAGGACCAAAGAGGUCAAUGAAGCUCUACUUGAAUUGAUACGGGCAUCAGAAGGCAAGACAAGCCCACAUGACUGGACGAAUUUGUCCGGGAAGAGCACUGGCUUCUGGUCAGUGAGCUGGAUGUCCUCUAACGCAUAUAAGGUGGAAGGAGGAAGCAACAACGGAUCUAUCAUGACUGGCAUUGCUGGAACGCUGAGCCGCAUCAUGCUAUACAUAUUUAGCAUCCUUGUAUUAGUAUUUGAGUACAUACGAAGAGUUCCAAGACGUAUAAGGCCAGUCAGGGUAGGCUCUGCCCUCACAUGAUGAUGAUAUUAUAUUGAGGAACGCCGGUCUGUCUAAUGGUAAAUUUCUGGAACAUAUCCAGGAUGACAGUUGAUGUAUCCCGAAAUGCAGAAAGCAUAAACAACAUAACAUCAUAAUACAUACAAACAGAUACAGAAGGUCGAUGGUGGGGGUUCAAGUGGCAUUGGAAAUCAACCCAAAAGCGUACCAAUUAGUAUAGCAUUUUAUAUACAACCAAAGUGCAAGGAUAAGGCAUAAUCUAGCCAGAGGGAAUCUAUGGAGCAGAAGGCAAAAGCCCGAGGCUCACUUUGUUUUUUUUCUUCCUGAUUAUACUUGAACGCUGUUGAUCUUUUUUGUGUUUUGUCAUAGUAAUACUGGAAUAAAACGUUGAACACUUUGAGCCUUUGGAAUUCACAAAUUCUUGUAGAAUCCAUAAAAGCAAAACUGGAAGUUAUAAGUAUGAUUUUACAGCUUAA